CGGGCCGGGCGAGUCCGGGGCGGGGCCGGGACGGAGGCUCCGGGCCGGCCAGGGGCGGGGCGGCGGGCAGAGCGGGGCGGGGCCGGGGCCGGAGCGGCGGGCGGCGGCGCCCCUUCUUCAGGUGUUGCGGCCGCUUCCACGUCGCCAGCAGCCGGCGGCUUCCGCGCGCCCCGCGGCCUCCCGCGUCCCGAGCGCCGGCCCUCGGCUCGCGCGCGGCCAUGGCGGGCCCGGGCCCGGGGGACCCGGACGAGCAGUACGAUUUCCUGUUCAAGCUGGUGCUGGUGGGCGACGCGAGCGUGGGCAAGACGUGCGUGGUGCAGCGCUUCAAGACGGGCGUGUUCUCGGAGCGCCAGGGCAGCACCAUCGGCGUCGACUUCACCAUGAAGACGCUGGACAUCCAGGGCAAGCGGGUCAAGCUGCAGAUCUGGGACACGGCUGGCCAGGAGCGCUUUCGCACCAUCACCCAGAGCUACUACCGCAGUGCCAACGGGGCCAUCCUGGCCUAUGACAUCACCAAGAGGAGCUCGUUCCUGUCGGUGCCCCACUGGAUCGAGGACGUGAGGAAGUACGCGGGCUCCAACAUCGUGCAGCUGCUGAUCGGGAACAAGUCGGACCUGGGCGAGCUCCGGGAGGUGCCGCUGGCCGAGGCGCAGAGCCUGGCGGAGCACUACGACAUCCUGUGCGCCAUCGAGACGUCGGCCAAGGACUCGAGCAACGUGGAGGAGGCGUUCGUGCGGGUGGCCACGGAGCUGGUGAUGCGGCACGGCGGGCCCCUGCUCAGCGAGAAGACCACUGACCACAUCCAGCUGGACAGCAAGGAUGUCAGCGAGAGCUGGGGCUGCGGGUGCUGACGGGUGCGGGGCCGGCAGGCAGGGCCUCCCCCUCCCCCCGCCCCCCACUGGCCUGCCAAGCCCCGCCCCCACCCUGGCACCUGGGCUGGAUAAAGUCCUGGAAUGAACCUUCCCUCGGCCUGGGUGCUUGGUGGACGGCUUCCCGCCCAGGAAGAGGCAGGAGGCCUGCGGGCCCACCCUGCCCGCCGGCGGCUGUGCCCCCUGCGUUCUUCACAUUCCAGAACUGGCCCCAGCGCGCCCCCCGUAGAGGGCAGCGGGAGAGGGGCCGGGAGCCGGCCUCCCCGCUCCGCAGGGCCGGGUGCCUCCGUUUCCCCUGUUGCAUCGCAGCGGCAGCAGGUGGCUGCUCCCCAGGCACGUGGCUGCCGUCUCUGGCUUUUCCAGAACUUUCCAGGGCCAGGGCGAGCCAUCCUGGCCGACCUGGGUCCGAGCACAGCCCGGGGGGGCGCUGGCUCCUUCGGGAGAGAGCCUCUUCCUUCACUGCCAGCUCCGACUCAGCCCGCCUUAGCGACACCUCUCGAGUCUUCUAGUGUCCGUGCAGCUUCUCUCUGCCUCGGCCCGAGUGUGGGGUCAGGGCCCGCCGCCAAGCGGGGACGGUCUGCUGGCCGCGGGCCCACAGUGUGGCCACUCAGGUUGCAAAACCAGCCCGUUCCUCAGCUCUCAGAACCCGGGCUGCGGGGACGCGGGAGCAGAGGGUGCACUGUGACGGGCAGAGGAAAAGCCGGUGCCCCCGACGCCCCCGGGGUGGGCACCCAUCCGGCCGCCUGCAGCGACCCUUCCUGCCGGGGGGGCGCCGAGUGCCCCCCUCCAUUCCCAGUCCGGCUUGAGUUUCCCAAGCAAGGACAGAGGCGGUGGCGGGGGCGUCCUUGGCGGCCCCACCCUCCCCCACUCCAGAUCCUGCCCUUUGGGUGUCCCGGGGCCUUUGGCUGAAGCUGUGGGCCCAGGGCUAUCCCCCAGCAGCCCCCGGCCCCAUGUCAGCCCCAACUCCGAGCGCCACGGCCCAGAUCUUCGUCUCUCACAGGCUCUUCCGGUCCCCACAGCGGGUCCCCCUGAGACGGAGCAGGAGGGCGCCCCGGAGCAGGGGGUGGGGCUCCGUUCUGGGGAUGAGGACCACCGAGGGCCCCAGAGGGGUGGGUGCUGCAGGCCCAGGCGCUGGAUUUCCUCCUCAGCGCCUCGCCCCCCCUCUGCCCCCGGCUGUCCCCUGAGCUUGGAGGUCCUGACACAGGGGAGGGACCCGGGUCCGGCCCAGGGUGGAGGCCGGAAGCCUUCAGCCCAUCUUCCAGGGACUCUUUGGGCCGAGCUGACCUUCCGCCCGAGGCCCAGGCGAGAGGAGCAGCCCGUGCGCCCGCCCUGGCGAGGGGUGCCAGAGCCUGCACCCCAGGGUUGGCUACAGUCCGAUUUCUGGCCAAGCACAGUGACCCUCCCUCCUACCCGUCCCUCCGCCCCUGUUUGGGAAGCCCGUGCCUUAGGGCUGAGGAGGCCCCUCACCCCACCUUCACAGGGAGGGGUGGCCGCUGCCUGGUGACCCGACUCCUUUGUCCCCUUGGCCGUUGAGAUACGCCCCCAGCCCACAGGCAGAGACCUGAAGCCCUUCCAGGAGAGAUGCCCAGCCCCUGGGUGCACCAGCCCCAGGGAUGCGCCACGUCCUCGCUCCCACGGUCCCGGGCUGUGGGCAUGAGCCCUGGCGUGUGCCACCCUCCGUGCCCAGGCAGGCAGCCUGGGCUUAGCAGGGAGACCCAGGUCACCCUGGACUUUCCAGCCUGUCACACUGGGGGGGUCCCUGUCAAAUUGACCCCAUCCCUCCUUGGAUUCCUUGCAGACUUUGACCCCCAGCCCCCGCUGUCCACGGCCGGCCUGAGUGACCAUCCUGGGCCUGGCCCUCUGCGUGUUUGACGCCUGUGACCCUAGUCCUCGGGUGCCAUCGUUCCUCCAUCCCAACAGUCACAGCUCCCCAGCUGUGCCCCCAUGGACCCCCACCUCCCAACCCCUCUUACUCAGUCACUCAGUGCUCAGUGACCAGCGGGCAUCACUGCCUCGACAGGAGGGAACCCUUGCCUGGCCCUGGCUGUCGCCUCCCGCCAGCCCCAACUCUCCGAUGCUGGACAAGGUCCCCUGGGGUGGCCCAGCAGGCCGGAUCCUCAUCCCUUCUAGACAUUCCCCAGGAGCUGUGGGGACGGGCCUGGAGAGUAGGGGGUUGAGGCCGGGAGGGAGCGGCCGUGGUGGUCAGGCCCGGGAACGGUUGAGUUUCCGCCUUUGUUUCUAUGAAGUGCCCGAGGGUGGGCAGGAGCACAGGGACCACUGUGCCCGGGACACGCAUCUCCCGGCCCAGACACCCAGCAGAAGGGAAGGUGGGUGGGCUGGAGCGGAGGGCUUCACCCUGGGGCGGGGCACGGGCCGGAGGGGGCUCCUAAUUCAUAUUGAAUCAGUUACUCUUCCCCAGGGGGGGCGCGUCUCGGGGCCCCUGUUGGCCUGGACUGUUGGGGGGGUGCAGCCCCGACGAUGCCAUUUGCAUUUGGGAAUUUUUCACGUUACCUAUUUAUGAAUAUAUAAAUCUUUAUAUCAAAUCUAUUUUUUAAAACAUGGUCAAGUUGCCUUUACGGAGCAGAGCCAGAGGGACACAUUCCUAAAUCAUUAAACAGAUUGCUGUGACGA